CUCGGUGCCGCUGAGGAGCGCUCGGUGCCGCUUCCCCGCCCGGCUCUCUCCACCGGGUCUCCGCGAUGUCGAGCGGCUGCGCUGCGGCGGCGGAGGAGGAGGCGGCGGAGGAGGAGGAAGGAAGCCGGGAGCCGCGCUGUGUGUCGGCGCGGUGCUCCUGGUCCUGCGCCCCGGCGGGCGGCCUGGCCCGGGCGCUGUGCCUGCGGCGGGGCGCUGGGGACGGCGAGCCCGGCAGCGAGGCCGUGGUGGCGGAGCGGCGGGCGGGCGGCGAGGAGCCCUGCGAGCUGCGGCUGCAGUGCCGGCCCGGCGCCGAGAUGGUGUCGGUGGGGAUCGUGAGCCAGGCCCGGAACAUGGAGGUGUACGUGGGCGAGGAGUACUGCGGCACCGGCCGGGGACAGAGCCGCGGCGCACGGCCGGCCCCGGGUGAAACUGAAGAGGUUACUUUAUACCACAAGUACCUUAAGUUUGARUGCCCUGCAUCCUCCUGUAGAAUUAAGCUGCUCUCCUUUGGUGAGAAACAAAGAGUACUCAUCAGUAAAAUAAUUAUAGAAGUGAAAGCAGUGUCUGCAAAACUAGCAACUGAUUUUCCUUCACUAGGCUCGAGCAUAGAUCUAGACAGAGUGCAAACUAUUAUGRAAUCCAUGGGAUCUAAAUUGUCUCCAGGUGCUCAGCAGCUCAUGGACAUGGUCCGGUGUCAGCAGAAAAACAGUUUGCCUCUUGCAGACAAACUCAGUUGGAUCUUGGGGAAAAAUUCUGAUUUUGGAGGUGACCGUGCAGUAGAUGGAUUACGCAGUGCAGCUCUUCAGUCAUCACUGAGUCCAUCAGCUGGUGAACCUUUGCCUGUUAAAAAUCACUUAACAAGUGAAGCAGUGUAUAAAGACUUAAAAAUAACUCGUGAUCUGAACUCAGAGCUACCUGAAAGAGAGAAUACUCUGGGUUCUGAAAGACUUCCUACCCAGCAAAAUGCAGCUGGCCUCAGGAAUGAUUUGAAAGUUGUGGGAUCUUUGCAAGUGCAGGAACAAGCAGGUGAAAUUCCAAAYGUACCCAACCCACAGGUGCUUCUCCCUUUUCUUCAAAACUUGUGCACUCAGGUGAAUCACCUUCGGCUCAAGGAUGGUGGGAAAAGUGCAGUGGCUAAAGAGGAAAGUGUUCAGAGUGUUGGAGUAGAACAGCAGCCUAUUUGCUCCUAUUUGGAAAAGAUAAUUUCAAAAAAUCUGGAUCUUAUGGAGAAGAAACUAAUGGACUAUAUUGACUGCCAAAUCCAAGCUCUUCAGACACACAUAGACAAUAAAAUGCUUCUCCUGAUKGACUUGGUUCAGAACUCGAAACAAAACAAAAUUUGCCAAGCACACUAUGAUUCUAAUGAGGGGUUUUCUAAUGGAGAGAGAUGAAUGCAGAGGUAGGAUUUCAAUGUAAAUACUUUAAGGGGAAUUACACUUUAAAAAGCUUAGUAUUUAUGCAGUAAAAAUGUAAAGAACCUCAGUAUUGUUAACUUGCAUUUUGUUACUGUAAUACUAUCCACUGUUGUAAAAAGUUGUUAGUUUUAUGAAAGAUCUUAAGAAUAUGUKUUUUUUCCUAAAUAUAAGAGUUUUGUAUGCCCUUUGUAGCUUAUUUAUUUAAAGAGCAUCACUAGAAGCUGUAUGAACAGUUCCCAGUUCCACUUGGAACAAUGGAGUACUCUAAAUAAACUUGAGUGACUGCCUAUCUUUUUACCUGCAUGUAAUCAGUUCACCUUUUUUUGGUUGUAUUAGUUUUUUAUGUGAAAUGUGUUAACAGUAGAAUAGAAUGCAGUUUGUGCUUUUGCUUUAUUUUAGUGGCACUCCUGUUGAAGACAUUCUUUGUUCCAUCUCUGAGAGGAAGGUUGGAUUGUCAUUGCCUAAUUUAGACAGUUUAUGGAGUUGUCUUUAGAGAGCUGGGGGAAUGUGAACCCUGCCUGGACUCUUUGAAAGCCUUGUUGGCUGUACAAGAACCUGAAUUAGGAAUCCAAGCUCCUUAAGUGAGGAGGACCUAAAAUAAGACUGCCAUAUCUUUUUUUUUUUCCUCUUAAACUUACCUGAGUGUGCAGGAACAACUGAAAUGAAUGCAUACUCAGCAGACCKUAUCCAUCUUUCAGUAUCCUAAGAAAUGCAAGUACUUCAUUUGUGGUCCCUCUCAAGCAGAUGUCAUUCCCAGAUAGGAUGUGCUGGGGUAGCUCCAGAAGAGCAGAGAAGUUUCCUUACUGCUUCACACUUCCUUUAACMCUUUGGGAUCAGUUCUGCUGGCAUUUGGAGAGGUAGGAAUGUGACCCAAAGUUCCUCUUCUAUGAAAACUCAAAUUUCAGGCUUCAUUCUGUUUGCUGCUCUUGGAUUCUGGAGUGCACCAUUAAAAUGAACMGUGUAGGGACUUGAUGGUAAAUCCCUCAGAUGGGUGCACAGACAUUUUUGGCAAGAGCUAUUGAUGGGGAAAAAAGUGUUGGCUCAGAAACAGCAUAGGCAUGUAUAAUCCAAUAUCUUUAUUUAGUCUGCUUAAUAUUUUGUUCUCCAGGAAAACUGAUGCCUUUUGAAGACUGUCAUAGCCUGAUGUAGUAACCCACAGGAGCAGAUUUGGAAGAGAGGAUAAUUUGCUUUGAAAAGACAUCUUACAGUUGUCCCUCAGCUUAGCUCACUCCUGGCAAGGUGCAGUUUCAAACUGAUUCAAAAAGAYUAGAGGGUUUUUAUCUCUUUUAAGAAACAAGGACCUUAAAUUAUCCUGUACUUCAUACCUUUAAAGGUUUAAAGAUUAUCUUGAGGUAGAUACACGCUCUUUUUCAACUCAAUGACUUAAGAUAGAAUACUAAGUUGAGAGGUUUUYGGUUUUGAUGAGUUUUUUAAUUGCAAAGGAAGUUGAAAUGUGUUUCUGAGUGUUGUUGCGUUCAAAUGCUGUUAAUUUAUUGAUUUUUUUAAUUUUUAGUUUUUUCCUCUUUCAGUGACAAAUCUGAACAGGAAUUGUCACUAAUUAAAAAUCUUCUGAAGUAGUUAAAAGGASCUGUAGCUGUAUCGUGCUUGGUGUUUGUGAUGUUUUAGUAUCACAGCUACCACAAUGAGAAUGUUUGAAAUUAAAACCACAAAAGCCAGAGUGUAGAAGUUGUAUUGUUGCAGGUUUGGUGUUUUUUCAGCUUCUGCUUCAAUGAAGGAUUCUGUAUAGAGACAAAAAUAGUGUUUAAAAUUUAGAGUAAAACAUUUUCUAGAUAUUUGCAUUUGAUUACCCACAGAGUGCACAUUCUGAAUAUGUAGUACUGAAGAUUUGUAAAAAUUGGUAAUAAAACAAUCCUGCAGAACAUCAUGAUGUUAAAUUCUUYGGUAUUGCUGCAGCCAAGUUACUGCCAAGCAGUGCUGUCACUAUCAGAGAGAUUUGAGGCAUUUGCUGAAGAAAAGCUGGGCAAAAAAASCAACUUGUGGUUCUAACCCUGUGCCUUCCAGUGGUUUCCUAUCUGCUCCUCAGUAAAACUCAUUCUGUGCUUUAUAACACCCUGAGUGUGAUCUAUUUGCAUUUGCAUCCUUUUCACAUUACACACCCACUUCACUCAUACGGAUGCCAAAUGUUUUGCUAUUGGAAUAAAUGGGACCAUACCUAAAAUGUUGCUGGAGUUCAGAAAGGUUAAUAAUUAAAAAAAAGAAAAGCCAAGAAAAAAAGAAAAUAUUCUUACUACUCUUAAGAGCAAGAUUAAUUUUAAAUAUUUCUUAGAUCUGGUACCUGAAAGCAAGUGGCCCAAUAUGCAUUUGUCAGGUGGAGUUUUGGGCUCCAUGAAAGUGACAACUGAGCAUAGUGGGAGUAAUAAUGCAAUAUUUUAAAAAUAACUUUUCCAUACUUYGUAGUUUCUCUUUGCUCUUGGUACUUGACCACUGUAGAUCAGACUGCAAACGCCACUAAAGCUUGAUUGUCUUACAAACACCCUUUCAGCUCUCAUUUGAAGGCAUGGUGCUUUUGGUUUCUGCUCCCAAAACUCAAUUCCUGCUCUCCUGGGUACUGCAUGCAGGGGGAGGAUUUAACCUGGAAUAACUCAGCUGUGUUUAUUAUCUGCAGUACCAACAACUAAAAACAGUGAAGUGCACACAUAUAUAUGUUUAUUUUUAAUUUUUUUAUYACUCUUACCUGAGUGCUCAGCAGCCCUGAGAUCUCUUUUCAGGCGGAUGGGGCCCWCUACAGUGUUGGUUUUCCAU